CAGAACUUCUUCUGCCUUCCCCCUUAAAAGAAGUUGGAAGCGAAAGCGUACUUGCGCUGCUCUCCCUCUCUCUUGUUUUACUAUUUAAGUAAACGGGCAACUUGGAAACCGGACUGUAAUGAGAAAGUCAAGGUCUCUGAGCGGCACGAGGAGGGAAUAAGAAAACGAAAAAGACAAACCGCGUUAAACUAUCAACAGGAUGUUUCACUGCUUGGAGUUCGUCGCUUUUAUUUGUCUGUUUCUUGCGGCCAAAACCACAACAGAGCAAAUUUUGCCUCCCCAAAACUUGUCCCUGCGUUGGAUAAAUGAGUUCACCCCAGAGCUCACCUGGGAGCCGCCUCCGAACUCCAUGGCAAACUGCUACUAUGAUGGAAUGAUGAAACAGAACCACGAAGGGAAAUUAAAAUUUAAGCCACAAGGCAAGUCUAAAUCUUAUACGAAGGACAACCUGUACAUGGGGGGAGGACUUCUGAGUUACUCUUUGCAAACAGUUUGUCACAAUAACCGAAGUCAACCAGCAGUUUUGAAUAUAUUUUACCCAGAUCUGGUGAAGUCGUUGGAUUUCUACAUGAUUUCCGCCAAACGAGGUCACUGCUCCUGGUCCCCCGUCAUCACCACUCCAGAGCUGCGUUUCUUCUAUCAAUUGAACGAUCGAUCACCAAAUAAUUCCACGACAGAGAUACUACAAGAAUGCUCAUCGUACACUUACACUGAUGGUUUGAAGUCUGGCUGUAACUUGGAUGCAACUACAAAGAUGAACAUUAGGAUGCUGUUUAAUGCAACAGUGAACAACACAGUUGUUCGGAACACUUUCAAUUGGGAAGAAUUAAAAGUAAAACCACCUGCCCCUAUAUGGACAGUUAAAGAAAAUAAGAACAAUUUCAACAUCAGCUGGACUCCUCCGGACAUGCUAAGUUUAAGAUCAUGGACAUUCCAAAUAAAUUACAACGAAUGUGAACAAAAGGGCGAACGGUCUGUCCCAGAAAAUACGUCCUUUGAGCUGCAGCGGUCCCCUAACUGUCGGUACUGCAUAUGGAUUCAGGCCACGAGCAAAUCUGGCAACUCGCUUCCAACUGAUGAGAAAUGUUUUGAUCCUGAUCGUGGUUCUUUCUUGGUGUACGUCGUCGUCGCUGCCCUGGUAGUUACUCUGGCAGUUAUCUCUAUUGCGUGUUUGCUGAGGAAUAAGAAGCAUAUUUUCCCCAAAAUACCAGUACCUUCAAACAUCUUCAAAGAUGUUAUCGAAAACAACAAUGAGAGUUUUUUUCGCAAGUUGUACGUCCCGCCAGAGGAACAAGAGAACUGUACCGUCACGGUGGUGAGAGAUGCGCAGACCAUCAAACCAGACUUUUGAAACUCCUCCGCUGUCGGCGCACACUUCCUCUGAAGCAAGAAAUCAAAUUGGCAUUAACACAGAAACCCGAUUCUGAGUCUAUUUUAAUGAAACUUUGCAAAAAGUUGUCUCAUGUGACUGUGGAUUGAAAGGCCAAACUUUGCAAUAUUGAUACAGCAGAAGAAAAUCAACUGCUGUAUCCGAACAGAUCCACUCAGCAGCUGCUUGUUUUCAUGGAAAUGCCUGAGAUUUGGUCGCUUUGCACUAAAGGGUCACUGAACUGUGAGUCGGGACCUUUCCUGAGACUUCAUGCAGCUGUUCCUACUCAGCCACAGCUGCAUGAGAUGCAUGCUGAAAGAGAUUCAUUAUUUAUCCCCAGCUUGAGGUGUUUUGUUUUAUAACACCUCUGGGUUCCAUGUACAACUGAGGCACACCAUGAAUAUUUUGUAGAUGGGAUUUUUUCUUUUUGAAGAGCUCUCAGACCAGAAUUCAACAAUGUGCCACAAAUUCUCCUAUUGUUUCUACCAACUCUUGAUUGUUUUUAUGUCAUGAAACCAAAGGGAUGCAGUACUGUACGCCAUCUUUGUGUAAAGAGUUUCCCUUUUGAUUUGCACGUAUGAAAUGGGAAGAGAAGCGUUUUCAGCUCGUAUUGGGAAGGGUAGUUAUCCUGGAAACGGUUGGAAAAUGCUACACUCUUUCUGCUUGAAUUUCUUGACGGUUCCAUAAAAAGAUGAGUUAUAUUCCAUUACCUACAAGAAGCUGCUAAAUUAGUCAGAGAUUAUUCAUUUUUACACCAUGUAUAACAGAUAUAAAUCUAGGUAUGUAGUCUGCAAAUCUACUUUAGACAUAAAUGCACAUAACUCCAAAUGUUAUCUGGCAGCAAAGUGCUUUGAGUAUAAUCGAUGGGAUGUGUGAGGUGUGUGUGAACCGACUUUAGAUUGAUACACACGUCUCUUUGGCUGCAUUAAGGCCGAAUUUGGUGCGAGGUCAGUUGUGACAAUUAUCUACAAGAAUCAGAUCCAUAAAUGCAGGAAAUUCUCAAGGUUAUAAAACCAAACAUCUGACCAAAAGUUAACAAAUAUAAGAUGAUAAGAAAAAGAUUUAAAGAAGAAAAAGGAUAUUCCCACUGAGAUCAUUUAGUGUCAGAGAGUUCUAUUAGAGGUUGAAAUUAAAGUGGACCCCGGUAGUGGCAGGGGUGAGAGACCACAGUAGUCCACGAAUACAGGAGACCCUCUAAAAUUCCUACAACUGCCUGUUUUAAUCACUCAACACCAAAAACAGUGGAAACGUUCUUGGCCCUACUGCAGAAAUAGCUUCUACACUCCUGGUUGCUUUGUAAAUAAUAGUCAGCAGCAUAUAAAAUAGCAAUAUGCAUGGAUAUUUCAGCUCCAAAACAGCAUUUUCUUAUGAAUAUUAUAGAUGAGCUCUACGAAAAGAUGCAUUAACAGGCAGGUUUUCCGCAAAUAAUUUGACGUUAAGGCGGUGGAGGGAGCAGGGGGGGCUCACUGUGUAAAGGCAGGAGUGAUUUCCUGUUUCGCUUUGUUACAUCCUGGCAGUCUGAGUCUGCUGUUGAACGAGCUUUUUAAAUGACAGAGCAGAUAUAGAGAAAAGAUUAACAUGGUCCUAACUUUGGACAACGUUCUCCUCUCCAACAUGACACCCAGAGAUUCUAAUUUCUCUCUACGACAUAGCUGGCCUUACCGCCUCAACAAACAUGGCGGCACUGGCCACCACCGACUCGUAGAACAUCCUCAGGAUCUUCCAGCAGACGUUCUGGUGCCUGGGCCUUUUCAGAAAGAAGAAAUGGCUCCGAUCCUUCUUUUUAGACCACAUUUGCAUUUUUAACCAAGUCUGAUUUAUUGUCCUUACUUGACAUUCAAGGGACCACAAAAAGGUACAACAGGGGUCGCAGGGGUUCUUGGACCUUUUCAAGUCCACAACCAGUACUUUAGUAUCACCACUUUGGGUUCCAAGUGGUUUUUCAUGUUCCAUGUGAUAAAUGUGUCCAACACAAGCCUGUAUUGUGUCUCAUCACUGCCACCGAAGAGUCCAGCUACCUCAGACUCAUGAGAAUACUUCUGUGGAUGGCAGGUGUCUGAACAGCGGC